AUGUCAUUGCAAGACGGUUUUUCCCCAAUGGGUAGUAGUGAUAUACAUCCCGUAUUGUAUGGUACACAAAUAACGAUGCGUAAUGCUGCUGAUACAAUAACAAAACCUUGUUAUCUUCACUCAACAGCUACAAACUAUCCACCUAUAACAAAAAAUGACUUUCGUCAUGAUAUUAUUGAAAAUGGUGACCUUAUUCGACUUGUUCAUCAAAAUACAAGUGGAAUUUUAGUCAGUGGUCUCAAUCCGUGUCCUAUAUCUCGUACUUGUCGUGAAGUAGCAUGUGUCAAGAAAGAUCGAUUCGAUUGUCAAAAGCAACAUUUAAAUGCAAAAUUGUGCAUUGUCACAAUAUACGGAAUUGAUCUAUGGCGUGAUAUAACAAAUCGGCAAGAUGUGGGAAAUGUAUUGCUACCAUUUCAAUCACACAUUCGUCUAACCAAUUUAUAUUCUGGAAAAGUGUUGAAAAUGACAAAAAAUCGUUUACCAUCAUGGGGAAAUAAACAAAUGGAAGUAGUUACCGAUGUAAGAUCAUUAGACGUCGAACUAGAAAGUACAUGGAUUGUAGAAGAAUACAAGAAUCCGGAUCGUCGCAUUUGGGAACCAAUGACGGUUAUUAUGAAGUACUUUGAAUUACAAUGGCGUAUGUUUAAUCCUCCGAAUGGUUAUUCAUGUCGAGUACAUCCCUCAUAUUCUUCUCCACUGUGGUGGCCAUUCGGUUUAGCAAAGCCCGUUCCAUAUUGGAAAAAUUUUGUCACUGGAGAAUCAACUUUACUAGUUCCAAAUUUGAUUGUAUAUUUUGUAGCUACUAUAACAAUUUUGAUUUAUUUAAUUGUCUGGAUAUUUUAUAUUACACGUCGAAGCUAUUGCAUAUUCGAUAUUGAUAAGGCAACGUGGAUACGGAUAAGCACAGGCACAUAUCUAAUUAUUGGUUCAUAUAUAACAAAUUAUAUACCAUGGUUUUUCUAUUCAUCGUCAAGUGUCACAUUUCAUUCUUAUCUAUUAGCCAUUGUCUUCAAACUAAUGGCAUUUGGAUACUGUCUUGGACAUUUUUAUCGUUAUUCAACGCAGUAUGUAACAAUCACACUCUAA